AUGUCUGUCCACUACCAUGCUUCUACUGUGACAAACAUGGACAUUGAAGAAAGUAAAAUUGUCUUUAAGCAGUUUCUCGGGGAUUGCAGCAGCCCCCGCAAUUCAGACAUUGUGUUGAGGAACAGUUCCUACAGGGCUGCCACAGUUUCCCUUGGGCUCCUCUGUAUUAUCAUGCUGGCCGUAAUGAUAGGUCAGAGCAUCCACUAUCAAAAAGUCGAAAAAGAACAUCAAGAGAAUGUCAAACAGCUGAGAGCCAGUAAAAGCCAGUUGGAUAUCAAUUACAAUGUCUUGUCUGCAGCCAAAGAGCUGUUACAAAAACAAUAUGACACAGUGGUCAAACGUAAAGACGAGUUACAAGGCAGCCAUGAUUCGGUGACCAGGGAGAGGGACAAUUUACAUAACCAAUUCAAUAAUGUCACCAGAUCUAAAGAGAAACUGCAGAUGAGUUACAAUGACUUGAUUAAAGACAUAGAACAUUUACAGGAGGAAUACAACGCAUCUACCGGUGAAAAGGACACGCUAGCAAACACUCACCAAAACCUAACAACAGAAAGAGACGCUCUUCAGGAAACUUUCAACUCUCUUAAAAAAGCAGCAGACAUAUUGCGGGCUAAUUACGUGACGUUGGCUGAGGAAAAAAAAGAGCUUGAAAGCAGCUUAAAUAAUAUGACUGCAGAGCGAGAACUGCUGAUGGUGAAAAUCAGCAACCUGACUGCUGAGAGAGAUUAUCUCCAGGGCCUAGUUGACAAAAUGAACAAGACAAUGCAAGAUAAGAAUUGUGUCAAUGGAUGGCAGAAGUUUGAGAACAGCUGCUACUACACUUCUAAUGACAAGAAAAGCUGGCAGAAAAGCAGAGAAUACUGUCAAAGCAAAGGAGCUGACCUGGCAAUCAUCACAAGCCAAAGUGAAAUGGACUUCAUCAAUGGCUUUAUUGGAAAGGACAAAGAAGUCUGGAUUGGAUUGGCUGAUGAAGGAGUAGAGGGCGAGUGGAAAUGGGUGGACGGGACACCACUGACCUUAGCGUUCUGGGGUGCAGGCCAGCCCAACAGCCGUAACGGGACGGACCAGGACUGUGGGGAGUUCUGGCACCGUGCGUCAGGGAAAGGCGAAUGGAAUGAAGAGAACUGUAGUUUAGAACAAAACUGGAUCUGUGAAAUGUAG